UCUCUCUCUCUACUUCGAAGCGGAAGAAAGAAGAUAGAUUCUCUCAGAUUUUUCAAAUCCAAAAAAAAAAGUCACCUGAAAUCUUUGUUUCUAAGCUUCUUCUGUUGAUAAUACUCUCUUUUUGAUACUGGCAUUUUCCAGGAACUGUGUGAAACCCUACAAAAUUUGAAACUUUUGUAAAACCCUAGCCCAAGUUCCUGUUGAUUUUUUUCUGAUUGAGUAAGAGGAACACAAAACCCCCCAGAAGGCGAUAUGAAGAACCCAAAAAAAACCUUGAUUCUGUUUCUAAUUUUAGCUUCGAGCUUAGCAUCAAUGGCGACUGCAAAAUCCACAAUAGAGCCCUGCUCCAGUAAAGACACUUGUAACUCAUUGCUAGGCUACACGCUCUACACCGACCUCAAAGUCACAGAAGUCGCUUCUCUCUUCCAAGUAGACCCAGUCUCAAUGCUCCUAUCUAACUCUAUAGAUAUCUCUUACCCAGACGUCGAGAACCAAGUCCUUCCUGCCCAGCUCUUCCUCAAAAUCCCAAUCACUUGCUCCUGUGUCGACGGAAUCAGAAAAUCCCUCUCCACUCAUUACAAGACUCGUACUUCCGACACACUUGGGUCCAUCGCUGACUCUGUUUACGGUGGUCUGGUCUCACCCGAGCAAAUUCAAGUGGCGAAUUCAGGAACUGACCUUUCGGUUCUCGAUGUUGGUACGAAGCUUGUGAUUCCCUUGCCUUGCGCUUGCUUCAAUGGUACCGAUGAGUCUCUUCCGGCACUUUAUCUAUCUUACGUUGUGAGGGGUAUCGACACAAUGGCUGCAAUUGCAAAGAGAUUCUCCACCAGUGUUUCGGAUUUAACCAAUGUCAAUGCCAUGGGAGCUCCUGAUAUCAAUCCUGGUGAUAUCCUCGCUGUCCCAUUGCUAGCUUGUAGUUCAAAUUUUCCCAAAUACGCUACGGACUACGGAUUGAUCAUUCCAAACGGAAGCUAUGCUCUCACCGCAGGCCACUGUGUACAAUGCAGUUGUGUACUCGGAAGCCGCAGUAUGUAUUGUGAGCCUGCUUCUUUAUCAGUCUCUUGUUCGAGUAUGCGAUGUAGAAACAGCAAUUUCAUGCUCGGGAACAUCUCUUCGCAGCAGAGUAGCUCGGGUUGUAAACUUACUACUUGUAGUUACAAUGGUUUCGUUAGCGGCACUAUCUUGACCACGUUAUCCAUGUCCCUUCAACCACGAUGCCCUGGACCGCAACAAUUAGCGCCGCUUAUAGCCCCUCCCGAUACUGUUCCAAAGGAACUAAUGUAUGUACCUUCGCCUUCACCUUCACCUUCACCUCCACCAGAUGUUGAUGAUGUUGGUGAUGGAGGAAUUAUGACCGCACCUGCAGCUUCACCCAGAGGACCUAUUGUUUCUUCAAGUAGUUCAAUCCCGGGAAAUCCAGCUAAUGGUCCAGGCGGGAGUAUCUCUGUAGCUUCUUGUCCAUUGAGCUGUUACUCAUUCAUUGCGUUUCUCAUCUCCAUUGCUUCUUGCUUUCUUGUUUUCUUAGUUUGAAUGCAAGACAAUCUCAUUAUUGGCUUCUUCUUUUUUCUGUGUUUUUUUCUUUAACUCCUGGACAUUACUAGCGGACUACUACUUUGGUUAGUGAUUA